AUGGUGUUGACCAUGGCUUCUCAAGAUACCCAGAACUUCUUCCAGCCUCUUUCUUCUUGGAUAUCACGGGUAUAUGAAGCUGUCCAGCAAAUUGGAGAUACUUUAUCUGCUUCCAUGGUUAAUUUAAGUAAGCACAACCCUCACUUUAAUGGUGAACUGGACCCAGAGGUGAUUGAUGGUGAUGUUCAGGAGAGUGAUUUGCAAGAUGGAGAAAAACAAAACCAUGCUCAGAUCAAAGGUGACAUGGAAUCCCUAUUGCUUGAAGCUAACCAAUUUCCUACUGGAACUUAUAAUACUGAUCUUGGGAACAUGCAACAAAGCCCCCUUGGGGACUCUAGUUCCAUAGCAUCCCAACAAUCCUAUCCCACAUGUGAUAACCCAAAGCAGCCAUCUAGACUUCUUCCUGUUCUUGAGGAAGAUUGCCACCUUGAAAAGCUGAAGGAGAAUCUUCAACAUGGCUUUGAGAUCCAAGCUCCUGAAUCUUUAGAAAGCAAUGGAGAGCAAGUUAAUAGUUAUGGAGAAGAUGAACUGUCCACAUCUUCUGACAGUGAUGAAGAAAUAAUCAAACAAUUUGAGCUCUCUGUAUCCCGCUCACAGAGCUUCCGUUCAGGAAUGUAUGAAAAAGGAACACAAGCAAGUUCAGAGAGGAAGCCAAAACUCAACCGCUUAUUGUCCAGCCAUGAAGAGAAUAGUACAGAAGCAUCUGAAUGUGAAGAUUUAGACUUGGAUGGAUUAAGUCCAACAAGAUGUCCCAAUAAUGUUCCUUAUGGUGAAGAUGAUCACAACUCUGUGGAUUCAAGGACUACAUCUGAGAGUAGGGAUGUUGGAGAGCAAAGAACCAGUAGACAUGAAGCCAUCUUGACUCAUAGCUUUGGUGAGGAAGCCACAGGAAGAAGCUUGGAGACUGAGACAUCCUUUAGCAACCCAGGCUUUGAAGAACCUUAUUCCACAGACACUUCCUCUGCUUGGAGCCCAGAGGAGCGAGAUGGACUCAAUGUUCCUCACUUCCCUUCCAGUGCCCCUGAACCCAUCUCGAAGUGUGGAGACUUAGAUGUCAUCUUCGAAUAUAACAGUUCCAGCCAAAAGCUUGCAGUGACCAUUGUAAAGGCCAGGAAUGUUCCAGAUAAAGACCGCAGUGGUGUCAGUGCUUGGCAAGUCCACACUGUAUUGCUUCCCAGCAAGAAGCAAAGGGGUAAGACCAGUGUUCAAAGAGGGCCCACCCCUGUCUUCAAAGAGAAGGUGUUCUUUAGUAAACUGCAGCCUGAAGAUUUGGGGGGCCAUGCAGUCCGAUUCAGGCUCUACGCUGCACUCAAGAUGAACAGAGAGAAAAUGAUGGGAGAAAAGUUGUUUCAUCUUAGCCAGUUGCACCAAGGAGGGCAAAUGAAAGUGACUCUGGUUUUGGAGCCGAGGAGUAAUAUGAGUAGUGGAGAGUCUCAGCUCAGCCUGUCUGCGGUUUCUCACAGUGAUAGUGCUUCAUCCACACAGUCUUUGUCUCAUGGAGGGGUGCCAGAGCUCUUGGUGGGGUUGUCAUAUAAUGCCACAACAGGACGAUUAUCUGUAGAAAUUAUCAAAGGCAGCCAUUUCCGAAACCUUGCUAUUAACAGACCUCCUGAUACUUACGGGAAACUCUUUCUACUCAACUCUGUCGGCCAAGAGAUGUCCCGUUGUAAGACAUCCAUUCGAAGAGGUCAGCCAAAUCCUGUUUACAAGGAAACAUUUGUUUUCCAGGUAGCCCUCUUUCAGCUUUCCGAUGUCACUCUGAUGAUCUCAAUUUAUAAUAGACGUACUAUGAAACGAAAAGAAAUGAUUGGCUGGAUUUCACUGGGUCAGAACAGCAGUGGAGAGGAGGAGCAAGACCAUUGGCAAGAAAUGAAGGAAACCAAGGGGCAGCAGAUCUGCAGGUGGCAUAUCUUACUAGAAUCCUGA